UAAUUGACAUCUUUAAAGUCAGGAUGAAAUGGAAAUUGUUAUAAAUGAAUGGUACUGAUCUUACUGUGAGUAAUUUAUCCAGAUGUGUUCAUUUAUUUAUUUUUUAAUCAAAAUGGCAUAAUUUGAUCUUCUGGUGAUGUAUGCCAGAAUUCUCCAAUCAUGUAGUCUGCUUAACCCAGCCGCUUUCUUCAUUUCGACUGCCUCCUUCCAAUCAACAUUCAGUGGAUUGUUGAACCAUGUCCCUGCCAUACAUGUUUUCUUUAUCAAUAAUCGUUAUGACAGAUGAAAAGAUCCAUUGCUACUUCUGCUACAUCGCAACAUUAAAAUGUGAACUGGUAAAUCACGCAAAGUAUGUCCAUUUCUACAGUAUUUGAUGUUGACUUUAGAGGAACACAACAUUUAAACAGUAUUUACAGCAGUGUUUCUUUCUCUUUGUUGUGUGCAGACUUGUCUCAUUGCCAAGGGGGAAAUUGCAGCAAUGUCACCUCUGCUUUGGGUUAACUCUGAUUCAGCAAUAAAAGGCACUGGAGAAUACUGUGCUGUAGUGUAGCACUCCUCAUCCUCUGUGCAUACACAAACACAUACACGCACACAUCUCACCUCUAGUUCCUCUUGUGUAGUGUGAGUGAGGGAAGCCACAGUGUUUACUACUGUCAGAGACUUGAGAGACAAUCAGAGAGACGAGAGAAAGAGAGAGGGCGUGGGGCGGGGGCACAAAAAGGGAGUUGAUGAGGACCUCUGUUGUGCUCCUGUCAGAUAUUUCUGAGAGCGGGAGAGGAGCACAGAGAACUGGAGUGUAUAGCGACGUGUCACGUCAAUCUCAGGAGGCAAGAAAUUUGAAGCGACCGAGAAAAAAUCCUUGAAAUGACAAUCAACUUGAUGGCAUCUUAAAAAAAAUGCUGUGCGGUUGAGGCAAGACACAACACAAAAACAGGGAGAUCCCUUGCUGUGGAGAGACUAGUGGAAGAAACAUCCAAUGCUGCAAAACUGAAUCACGGCUUCCUGUAACUGCAAGCCAGCAUUGGAGGUGGAACAAUUAAUGCGAAAACCCCACACCCCCCUCCUCCCUGCCUCCAAGCUCCUCCUACUCCAUCGUCAUGGCGAUGAGCAGUGAUCCUGGUUGCGUGGGGGUGGACUCUGACCCAGACUCCUCCCAGACGGCUGAGAUGGCUGACAAGAUGUCUGUGGUUUCGCUAAGGUCUGAUCCCUCCUCCAGUGUACUGAAGAAUGGGACUGGUGUUAAGAAAGCUCCGCCCAUGAGGCCACACCUGUCAGGCAGGAAGAUGUCAUUGCAGGAGAGAGGAACGUACGUUUCUUCUGGGAGCGGGGCUGACCGCUAUUCCCGAAUAGCCAGACAGCCAACCAUCGAGUCCAAGCAAGUGUCCAUCUCAGACUCGCAGGAUUGCACCCAGCUUAACCAGUACAAGUUAAAAAGUGAGAUUGGGAAGGGCUCAUAUGGUGUUGUCAAGCUGGCGUACAACGAGGAUGAGGACAAAUAUUACGCAAUGAAAGUGGUAUCUAAGAAGAAGCUGAUGAAACAGUAUGGUUUUCCCCGCCGUCCUCCUCCUCGAGGUCCUAAAGCAGCUCAGGGGGAGCAGCCCAAAGUGCUUGGUCCUCUGGAGAGAGUUUACCAGGAGAUAGCCAUCCUGAAAAAACUGGACCACCUCAACAUAGUUAAACUGGUUGAGGUGCUGGAUGAUCCAGCGGAGGACAACCUUCACAUGGUGUUUGAGCUGAUGCAGAAGGGCCCUGUGAUGGAGGUCCCCUGCGACAGUCCGUUCAGUGAGGACCAGGCCCGCCACUACUUCAGAGACAUUGUUCUGGGUAUCGAGUACUUGCACUAUCAGAAGAUUGUUCACAGAGAUAUUAAACCAUCUAAUUUAUUACUUGGAGAUGACGGCCAUGUCAAGAUCGCAGAUUUUGGGGUCAGUAACCAGUUCGAGGGUAAUGAUGCCUUGCUCUCCAGCACUGCUGGUACUCCUGCCUUCAUGGCCCCAGAGACGCUGUCGGACAACCGCAAGAGCUUUAGUGGAAAGGCUCUGGAUGUGUGGGCUAUGGGAGUGACCCUCUACUGUUUUGUGUAUGGAAAGUGCCCAUUUAUUGAUGAGUACAUACUGGCACUUCACAAUAAGAUCAAGAGUAAGCAGGUGGAGUUCCCCGAGACGCCAGCUGUCAGUGAGGGCCUGAAGAACCUGGUCUCACGGAUGCUGGACAAAAACCCAGACACCAGGAUCACCAUUCCUGAGAUCAAGGUGGAUCCCUGGGUGACUCAGGAUGGCACUGACCCUUUGCCUUUAGAAGAGGAGCACUGUACUGUAGUGGAAGUCACUGAAGAAGAGGUGCAGAACUCAGUGAAGUUUGUCCCUAGUCUGUCUGCUGUGAUUUUGGUCAAAGCCAUGUUAAGGAAGCGUUCCUUUGGGAAUCCAUUUGAGUGUCCCAGCAGGAGAGAAGAGAGAUCCAUGUCUGCACCCGGCAGUCUGCUCAUGGACUCUUGGCCGUUCCGGCCCUCUUUUAAACUCCAGCCCUCGUUAAGAAAAGGGAGCAGUGGAGAGUCUGGUAGAGAAGUUGAGCUCGAGGACUUGCAUGAGGAUGAACCACCCACCUCUUGAGUGUCUUCAUCGUAGAUCCUGAAGAGUUCCUCAUUGUCCUUCCAUUCCUUCGAGCAGAAGAUGAUCAUGACCCAAACCGCUCUACUACACUCUGUUUCCACGGACUUGAUGCUUACCUUGACAUUGAACUGGAUUCUGCUAUUGCUAGCCAUCCUUCCUUCAGGCUUUUCAUCUUCGUCAGUCUUGCACAAGAAUCACUUUUCCUGCCUAUGAUUCUGAUGAAACCUGGCCUUGAUAAUCUGGUGGAAAACUAUUCUUUCUCCUUCAUACCAUUUGCAUCUUUCCAUCCUGGCUAAACAAGUAGAUUUUGUAUGGAAUCUAUGUUAGUCCAGGUUUGUGUGAAAGAUAGACUACACCACAAGCAGCAUGGACAAAAGAUGCUAAUAACUUGGUAAGCUGUUGAUGCAGUGUGCUGCCAUCAUAACCUCUGUACAUGUGUAGAAAAUAAUAGCAAUGGCGUCUUGCCUUUUUUGUAUAUGUUAAUGUGCAAUUCUUAACCCUGUCCAUCAUAGCAUGCCUGAAAUAUGGCCUUCUCCAUAUAAUGGUGGUUGCUUUCCAUUUCUUUCAUACCAUAACAUUUUCUCAUUUCAUUCAGAUACAAUAUAUAAACACACACAGUGUCGUACUGUGAAACAAAGGGGCUUAUGUAACUACUAGACACUAAAAGAGGCUUUUGUCUGCACAUUCAGUCAAUUCUAGAAAACAGGGCUUUCUCAUACAGCGUGUUUGAGCGCUUGGUUUAACCAUUAUCUAGAACAGGGCUCAUUUUCCAUGUUUGUGAAUGUCGCAAAUGCCGCAUUCGGAUCGCACCGGAUGCAGGGCUCUCGUGUCUCGGUGCUUUGUCUUUCUGCGGGAACAGAAUGUGUCAUUGUUUACCGAGUCUUCGCAUUCCAAAAGACCUAUUUGUCAGUCAGCAGUGCUAACGGGCCCUCGAACACACACGCAAACAUUCCACCGAGGCAAGCGAGUGUGCGCUGAUGCAGAAAGAGAGGGAGUCACUUUCACUCAAAACAGACAAGCCAAUUGAGGGAAGGAUCUGAAUAUGGUGUUUAGCUGCACAACGAAAGUGAACUGCCAUUCAAUUUCAUCACGGUCCCUCUCGGCCUGUAUUAACUCCAUCCAAAACAGUACGCCCCUGUUUACAUCGGAUCGUCUGCCAGGCGAACCCAUCAUCCCAUUUUUGAAUUGCGUAUUGAAAGUACAAAGAGAGACUGAGUGGACGAUCAUUGUAAAGGCACAUUGACGAUCAAGAUAUUUAAUAUUUAAUAUUAGAUUUUUAUCAUUGAAAAUUUCACUGUGCGUGUUUCAAUUUUAAAAGGACAGUUCACCCAGAAAUUAAAUAGCAUUUACUCAAAGUCUGUUUGCAUCAACACAAAUUUUUGAAGCAAAAACUUACCUAUUCAGACCAAUGCUUAAAAAAUGUUCAAAAAUUCACUCUAUUAACUCAGAAGCAGAAAUGCUCCAUUUACCCUGUUAUUCUAAGUGUUGUGCAGUGUUCUGUUUCUGACGCCCAGUUGUCAUGGAGAAAAAGGAAGUCGAACCGUAUUUACAUGUUUUCGAACAGACAUUCCGAUUUUUUUAUUUACUAUUGUGAUUAUCAAACAACACUGGAUUCUUUGUCUGUUAUUCACAUUUACUUGGCAAAAUGGUCUGUUCAUGAGCACCACCAAGUCAUUGUUUUAUGUAACAGCAGUGGCUCAUGGUAUGUGAUCAAAAGCGCAAAUAUUAGUGGCUGGCCAGUUUCUUCUUAAAAAAUAAAAUAAAAGUUGCAUUAUGAUUGUGUCGGUCUGAACAGACGCAUUAAUUCAAAUACAUUUAAAUUCAUGUUUAUCAUACCAAACAAAACUUUAUGUGAACAGGCCUUUACUCUCAUAUCAUUCCAAACUUUUUUUUCCUUUUUUGUGUGAAACACGAAAGGAGAUAUUUAGCAGAAUGUCCAAGCUGCUCAUGUAAUGCAUUUGGAUGGGUCACCAACCAUCACCGUUUCAUUGUAUAGAAAAGAGCAGCUUUGACUAUUUCAGGGUGAACUGCCCCUUUAAUUCAUUUUACAAGAAUAAAACUGGACUCAAUCAGGUCAGCUGCCAAUUAUUUCCAGUAAACUGGUUAUGUAAGCAGCGAAUGCUUAGAGGAAACCUUUAACCGAUGUCACUCAUUUAGAGGACUCAUUAUUGCUUAUAUGAAGACGGAUUGAUAAACCGCAGUGAACCACUUUCAUUAUAUUCUCACUAAUAUCCUGAGCAGAUGGUGGUCCAUUUUUCUGACUCCUACACAUUCUUCCCUUCUUCUCUCUCUUCCCCAUCUCUCUUUCUCUCGAUGACCCUCUUUUAGGCAUACAAUCUUUGUAGAUUGCUUCUUGCCCAUAAACUGAAUUACACAGGAAAACCAUUUUCAGUGCCAAACGACAAGUGUUUUUUGGGUCUGUUUGUGUGGAGUAUUUGAUUAAAUGGAGUCCUGUUUCUGUCGUAUUGAGAUUUCUGUAUGUGGUACUCAGGGUCUGGACACUGCUGUUCGGGGAAUACAGAGAGAAUGGAGUAGCAUAUUCUGUGUUCAUGAGCUCUGAGGUGUUUAUGUGUGGAAAUUCAUCAGAUGAUUUUAAAUGAUCCCCCUUAUUCUCUUAUAUGUGUGUGUGCAAACUCGUUUGUCUAUUCUGUCUCAAAUGUACAGUAGUCUUGUCAGUUACUUCUUGAUGUAUGCUAUGCACCUGUUAGUGUCAUGAUGUACAGCAUGUCCCUUAACUUAUAACCUUUUACAGACUUCUCUCUAGGUUUGUUAUUCCUUUUGAUAUCCGUGUGAGACAAAACAACUCAAGUUUAAACCCCUUUAAAUUGUUUCCUGCAGGACUUUUGUAUAAGCUAAACAUAUGCAGCAGCCAAUAUGCCAUACCUCUGUCUGAGCAAUCAACUCAAGUGUGAAGGCUUUAUUUCCUUUUCCAGGUUUCGGCUCAUGUGCAAUAGAUGAGGUUUGAUCAUUUGUCUACCCACAUUUACAAAGGUUUCUCUUAUUUAAAGUAGGGGAGAGAAAUGUGGCCAUUUUGAGGCACUGUGUAGCUGCAAAACCUUCUUGCUAUCAAAGCUUUAUGCUUUUUUAAUUUCCCUUUCUUGAUUUAAAAGUAUAUCAUAAUUGUAUAUAAAUCGUAGAACACUGUCUCACUCACAUACCUACAGUUUGAACUGCCCAGUUAUUUGUGUCAGAGUGCCUGAUAUUGCUGGUUAUUUAUAGACGUCUGUAUUCUGCUGCAUUGAUCUGAAUGUAACCGUUUAAAAAAUUCAAAGAAAACAGACAAAAAAGAGCAUGCCCUGAGAAAGCAUUGAAUGCAACUCUUACUAUGUAAAUAUGUACCAAAGCAUAUAAAGAUGCUAUUUUUUGCAUGCUUUUUGUACACAGACAUAAUCAAAGACAAUAAAGAUAUCACAGGUGA